AUGGCUGACUUGCUCGAUGCGCUCACUGCCGAAGAACGCAGGCUCUUUGAAGACAAAAAAAGAUCCCAGUACUACAAACGCUGGGGCACUUACCUUAGUGAACGAGAAUGGGCCACGGUGAGAGAAGACUACCUGGCUUCAGGGCUGGCGUGGGACGACUUUUCGUUUGACACGUCGAGAUCGAGAACGUACCGUUGGGGCGAGGACGGGCUCUGUGGGUUCUGUGACACCCGGCAAUUGGUGUGUUUGCUGUUGGGGCUCUGGAACGAGAAGGACGAUAUUCUCAAGGAGAAGUUGUUUGGCGUGACGAAUUCCCAGGGUAACCAUGGAGAAGAUGUCAAGGAGUUGUACUGGUACUUGGACAAUACGCCUACGCAUUCGUACUCGAAGAUGUUGUAUAAGUAUCCACAGGCGAAGUUUCCGUAUGAGCAGUUGGUGGAGCAGAACGGGAAGCGGAGCCGCUUGGAGCAGGAGUACGAGAUUACCGAUACGGGUAUUUUCGACGAAAGCAGGUACUUUGAUGUGGUGUACGAGCUGGCCAAGGCCGACGAGGACCCUGAGGAGCUCUUGUUUAGGAUUACCGCUUACAACAGAGGCCCAGACGCUGCUCCUUUGCACAUUUUGCCUCAUUUGGUGUUGAGAAACUACUGGGCUUGGGGUACCGAGGAGGGCAAGCACGGGAAGCCGUUGUUGAAGCAGAUUGACGAUUAUACUAUCGAGCUUGAGCACCCUAAGUUUGGCAAACGGUACUUGGUGUUUGCGCCAGCUCCUGGUUUGAAUGAAAACCUGGCUGACGUGGAGCCAAAGUUGCUUUUUACCGAGAACGAGACCAACCAUAAGCGUCUUUACGACCAGCCUAACGAUGCCAAGUACGUCAAGGAUGCUUUCCACGAUUAUGUGGUGCAGAAAGACGAAAGCGCUGUGAACCCGGCUCAGGAAGGUACCAAGGCGUGUGCUUUGUUCUCUUUUGACGAGGAAGGCGGUGUUCCAGCUGGCGAUUACGUGACUAUUCGUUAUAAGCUUACUGAUAAGCUUGGCGAGAUCGAUGAGGUAGAGUUCGAUAAUGUCUUUGAGAGAAGACAAGACGAAGCUGAUGCUUUCUACUGGAAGGUUUCACCAUUGCCUAUUACCGACGACUUGCGUCAAGUCCAAAGACAGGCGUUUGCUGGAUUGUUGUGGACCAAGCAGUUCUACCACUUUGUGCAUAGCUACUGGUCCAGCGGUGAUCCCAACACGCCUCCACCACCUGAAAACAGAGCCAACGGUAGAAACAAGGACUGGAAACACUUGUACAUUGAUGACGUGCUCUCUUUGCCGGACAAAUGGGAGUACCCGUUCUUUGCUGCUUGGGAUACUGCUUUCCACUGUAUUCCUUUUGCCAUGAUUGACCCUGAGUUUGCCAAGAAGCAAUUGGAGCUUUUGACCAGAGAAUGGUACAUGCAUCCUAACGGUCAAUUGCCAGCUUAUGAAUGGAACUUCAGUGACGUCAAUCCUCCAGUCCAUGCCUGGGCCACUUACAGAGUGUUCAAGAUCGAGAGAAAGAUGUAUGGUACUGAAGAUUUGGACUUCUUGGAAGGUGUGUUCCAGAAAUUGUUGCUUAACUUCACCUGGUGGGUUAACCGUAAGGAUUUCAACGGUAACAACCUUUUCGAGGGUGGUUUCUUGGGUCUUGACAACAUUGGUGUGUUUAACAGAUCUGAACCUUUGCCUACCGGUGGUACCUUGCAGCAGUCCGACUCCACAGGUUGGAUGGCGUUCUACUGUUUGCAGAUGUUGAACAUUGCCUUGGAAUUGGCCAAGACUAGACCAGUGUAUGAGAACAUUGCUUCUAAGUUCUUUGAGCACUUCUUGUUGAUUGCCGAUGCCAUGUCGUACCGUGGUGCUACCAAGACAGACCAACAAGCUACCGAGCAGUCUUUGUGGGACGAGAACGAUAAGUUCUACUAUGACGCUAUCCACUUUGACUCUCACACCCAGUCUUUGCCUGUACGUUCUUUGGUUGGUUUGAUUCCUUUGUAUGCCUCGUUGACCUUGGAGCCUGAAUUAUUAAACAAGUUCCCAUCUUUCAAGAAGAGAUUGGACUGGUUCAUUGAAAACAGACGCUCUAUUGCCGAAAGAAACAUUGCUUCUAUGACCCACCGUGGUGUUGGCGAACGUUUGUUAUUGGCAUUGGUCAACAAGGAAAGAUUGGUUGCCAUUUUGGAGAGAAUGUUGGACGAGAAGGAAUUUUUGUCUGAGUUUGGUAUCCGUUCUUUGUCCAAGUACCACGAGGAGAACCCAUUCGAGUUGGAAGUUCACGGCCAGAGAUACGAUGUCAAGUACUUGCCAGGUGAAUCUGAUUCGGGCAUGUUUGGUGGUAACUCCAACUGGAGAGGACCUAUCUGGUUCCCUGUCAACUUCCUUUUGGUUGAAUCCUUACAAAGAUUCUACUUGUACUACGGUUCUGACUUGAAGGUCGAGUGUCCAAAGGGUUCUGGGGAAUACCUCAACUUGGCACAGUGUGCUCAGGAAAUCCAGCAUCGUUUGAUGCACUUGUUCCUUCCUGACAACGACGGAAACCGUGCUUGUAACGGUGGUAACAACUUGAUGAACCACGACCCUCAUUUCAACGAGUACGUUCCAUUCUACGAGUACUUCGACGGUGAUACUGGACGUGGUUUGGGUGCUUCCCACCAGUGUGGUUGGACAGCUGUGGUUGCCAAGUGGAUCCACGACAACGGUGUCACUUGCAGAGUUCCUAAGACGCCUAGAACUCCAAAGCCAGAGAGACGUAACUCCAUCCAUUCGUUCGACCAGGAUGAGCCAACCAAGGAAAGCGACGAGGACGACUUGAUCAAGACGUACACUCCAAAGGCCGGUCCAUUCCCUUCGAGACUUGUGAGAAGAAAGUCCGGCAAGUCGUUGCUCAACUUGACCAUCAACUCUUUGGACCUUGGCGGCGAGGAGCAGGUCGAAGAAACCGAGGAUGUACCUACGUUAGAGAGCGGCAUGAAGAACGUCACUGCCGACUUAGAAGAGUACGGCUUGACGCCUACCGUGUCCAGAUCGUCUGUGGACUCCCGUUUCGACGAUAACUUGGUGAACCAGAUCAAGGCUGCUUUCCACAAGUACAAGAACCGUACCGACGAAGACGAGGGCGAGGAGUUUGAAACCAGACACUAA